AUGCAUGGGAGCCAUCAGGUGUUCCAGCUAGCAGCGGAAUCACACCUUCAGUUAAAGAAUGCCUGGCCUGUGUACCUUCAUGGCGAUGAAGGUACAACCUACAAAAAGGAUGGAUGUUUAGUCCUGAACAUCCAGUCCGCCAUAGGUUGUGGCACUCGCAGCAAUAAGUUGGGGCCUCUCCAGGAUUCACCUGCCGUUCCUCAUGUCAACUUUGUGGGGCACGCGUUUGAUACUAGAUUCAUGCUUGGUGCUCUCCUGAGGGAAGAUUAUCGUGAGAACAGCCAGCCCUACAAGACACUUUUGGAGUUGGUUGUGAGAUCUUUGGAUGAAGCCUCUCGCAAGGGGAUCCGGUUGCGUAGCGGCGCAUUGUUCCACCCCAUCCCACUCGGUAGUAAAGGAGACUGGCCCUAUCUGGCUACUUCAGCCAACAUGACACGUUCCUACCGGAAUGUUCCCAAAGCAGCAAGUUCAACCACUGCCUGCACUGGAAUUUGUCACUUGUGUCUAGCUGGAAGACCGAACCUUGACUAUGAAAACAUGUCAGAUGAUCCUCCAUAUGCCCAAACCUUUGAAGUAGAACCGGCUUGGGAGGAAGAGGCGGUCUUCACAAGAUUGCUGAUGCAUGAGCCAGCGCGCAAGGGUUUCUUCCACAAGAUUGAUCUUUUUCACACCAUCACCCUUGGUGUAGGGAAGUCCUAUGCUGCAUCGAGCUUGACGUUGUUGCAAGAGUUGUGCCGUGGAAGGAGCAUUGAGGAACGGAUGAGGGAGAUCUCUGCCCAGUUCAUUGAGUACUGCGAAGAUUCUUGUUCUACGCGCCAGUGUAUCUUAUCUUCCAUACCUGCUCAACAUCAAGCCCAGUAA